UGUCAGUUCUUGUUGCACAUUUGCAAAGCAAAGACUUUGGAGACGGAAUAUCUAGAAUGAAGUGAUGUGAUCGCGCGGUCACGGUGACACAAAAAGUGAAACCAAACAAAAGUAAAAGAAUACGCAAAUUUAAAUAAAAUCUAAACGAAUUGUUGGAUGAAAAUAAGUGAGAGAGACGCGUGCGGAAAAUUUGCUUGUUAUUAGAUGUUUUUUGCGAAGUGAGAGAAGAUCUUACUCUUGCCUCUCUUCUUGUGUCAAAGAGUGAUUUUUCGUUGUUUAAUAUUUAAAAAGAUUGAUUUUUUCUCCGAUAUUAAGUAAACACAUGGAAUAUCCUUAAAUACCAACACCGUAUUGAAGUGGAAAUCAACAAAAAUGUGGUGUCACGGGUCCAUACCCCGCAUUAAAGUGUGCUUUAAAAUCUACAAAGCAUUGCCAAAGUGUUGCAAUAAAUACAAAAGUUAAAGUUGCCCUGAGCCGAGGCUGAUACACACAAAGAAACAAAAACGUAUCUUUAAUUCGAAAACAAAACAAAAAAUUGUUUAAAAAUCUCAUCUAAAAUCUCUAAACAAACCCUGGACUUUGUCUUAGAAAAAACAAAAACUAAAGAGAAAACUAUAAAACAAAAGGAAAUCUCAAGAGGAACAAAAUUUCCAAAUACGCACACAAAGCUUAAGAAUAACAUAUAUCCCGCCCAUUCCCUCUUUACAAGACAACGUAUAACUGCUCAACUCUAGAAAUCGAUCUACAAAGCCCUAAAACUGCUCAACUCGGUAAUUUACUAACAGAAAUAGAGAGAGAGAGGAGCGAGAAGACAUUAUUUCUCUCUGAAAAAAAUGCCGCGCUCAUUACCCCAUUCAACGGCGGCCAUGGUGCGCCAACAAUUCGGCGUUGCCACAUUGUGUUUUGUAACGCUCACCCUGAGUUCAGUGCCGGUGCGGGAAAUCGAAGCCCAACGGCCAUUGUCGAAUCACACAACCUAUAAUACAAUACCGACGGGACAACAUAACUAUAAGCUGCGCAAUGGACGAACCCAUGAUUUUAUUAUACCACCCACUACGGUGGCCUCUAUACCCCGAGGCAUCCUGGGUGGCGGAGUACCAAUCUAUGAAGACUUGGAAGGCACGUUAGUACCCCCUCUGGGUGGUCGACGUGAUAAUCGCCGUCGCCUCAGUUAUCAGGCAUUGGCCAAUAUGCAUCGUGGUAGCAGCAGUGGUCGUGGCAUGGAAUCUCUGCGCAAAGAACUAAUGAAGCCAUCGGUGGGAGGUCCUGGAGGUGGCAUAAGUGGCAACAGUCCUGGUUAUCCCUCGUAUGCGGCGACGUCGUCUAUUGGCAAAAUUGAUGGUUUGGGUCGAGUUGGACCAGCCCAACGUUAUGGUGAUAAUCUACAUCAGGCUGGAGUUUUAUUCUCUACCAGUAUGCCACCACAAGCUUUUUAUGUUCCCGACUCAAUGGAUGGCAAGUUUACACGUUUUUCGACCAAAGUAAAUUCCAUCAAUGAAAUCCGUCGAAUGAAUAAAAAUCAAGCUGAUCAACCCAUGCGCGGCAUUGAUGAUGACAUUAUCAUGGAAGAACAUCCGGAUCCUCUGCAGGCAAUUAAAGAGCAAUUGAUGAAUUCCCAGCCGCAACCGAUGAUCCAUCCUGCCUCGUCGCAAAAUUUCGACAUCGAAGACCUACUCGGCGUCCGUUGUACAUUCGAAACACCCUGUGCAUGGAAAUGGACCGACAAUUUGCCAGACGGUUUUCACAUUAUGAGCGGUACUGAGGUGUCAAAGAAAAACAUGACUGGCCUCUACCCCGGCCCUCUGGCCGAUAACUCCGAUGAUGCCAAUGGUCAUUUCCUCUAUGCUCGACUGGCUCCAACUACGUUACAAAUCAAUUUGACUUCGCCACAAUUUAGUUCGACAAUGGAAAAAUGUGUACUCGAGCUAUAUAUGCAUCAAAGUGGCAUGAGUCAUGGUCUAUCGAGGGUCGUGGUAAUGCCUCUUCAUUCGCAGGAGAAUUCAUGGGUUCCGGCAGAAAUUGUGGGAGAUAAUUAUCGUACAUGGGAUAAGAAAUCGUUUCGUUUGGGACGCAUUUCAAGAGAUUUUCGUUUGGUUUUUGAAAUUGUACCAAAACUGCUGGAGGGACAGAAAGCUCAUGUGGCCAUAGAUAAUUUGCGUAUGGUGAAUUGUUUCCCCGAGGGUACGAAAUCGGAAAAGUGCAGUACGUCUCAGGUGAAGUGUAUGAAUAAUAAGGUAUCGGUGUGUAUACCUUUGCCAAGAAUUUGUGACAUUACGCGAGAUUGUGAUAAUGCCGAGGAUGAGCUGCUCAAUUGUGAAAAAAUUCCCUUUGGUGCCCGUUGUGAUUUCGAAAAUGAUUGGUGUGGUUGGCGGGACUCGGGCCGCACCAUUCUCUCGUGGUCCAGACACACAGGUUCCUCACCCACCCUGGACACCGGACCGGAAGGUGAUCACACCUAUCAUCAUCUUACCAAUGGCAGUGGUGGCUAUUACAUGUUGGUCAACAUGAAUCAGCACAGCAACAACAGCGAAAAAUAUCAACAAAUCGGCUUUGCCAGCAAUGCCAUCAUGAUCAGUCGCACCUUCAAUCCACCACCCUCUGUGCAUGGUGAUCCCCAUUCACCCUAUCGCAAUAGUUGUGUGGUGAGAUUCUAUAUUCACCAGUUUGGCAAGAAUCCCGGCAGCAUUAAUCUCUCGGUGGUGGAAAUGAAAGAGAAGGAGAACAUAACCACCACACUGUGGUGGAGCACGAAAAAUCAGGGAGAGGAUUGGAUGAGAGCGGAAUACAUUUUGCCAAAUAUCACAUCGAGAUAUUAUCUACAGUUUGAGGCUCGCAUGGGCAUGAGAAUUUAUUCGGAUGUGGCGGUUGACGACUUUUCAUUGUCUCCGGAAUGUUUUGGCAUCAAUAUACCACCGGAACAUCUGAACGGGUAUAAUUACUGGAAUGUGCGGCACACGAAGAGUCCGACGCAUAAAGAUUUCGAAAAUCAUAAUUAUCUGGAGCUUGGGACAUGCGAUAAUCGGGGAAUGCAUGGGCCCACGCAGUCGCAAUGUGAGAGCUUUUAUACCAGUCACAAUAGAACUAAUGUUCUGGAGGAGGUAAAGGUCACCGACGAGAUACCCUACAAGGGUAUGCAGAAAUGGAGGGUACCGCAUGAAGGAUUCUAUACAUUUAUUGUCAAGGGAGCCAGUGGUGGUUUGGGCUCAACCGGUGUCGGCUCCUCGAGAGGUGCUGUGGCAGUGGCCGUCUUGGAGUUGCAUAAAAAUGAGGAGCUCUAUUUGCUGGUGGGCCAGCAGGGUGAAAAUGCCUGCUCCAAAUCCAUGGGAGCCAAGGAAGAUAAUUGCCAUUUCAGUUCCUCGGCCAUUGUGAACGGCAACAAUGGUGCCGGAGGUGGGGGUGGUGGAUCCUAUGUAUUUUUGCUCAACUCGGCCCGCAAUGAAGCUGUGCCCUUGGUGGUGGCUGGCGGUGGUGGAGGCUUGGGAGUGGGCCGUUAUUUGGAUGAAGCCUUCCAGCAUGGCCAAAAAGAGAACUCAGGAAGACGCGGCUUGACUGGGCAAAUCCAUGGAGAACAAUUGUCGAAAGAAGGAAGUGCUGGACCUGGUGGCGGCUGGAGAGCUAAUGCCGAUCAGGCCCUGGAUGCCAGAUAUGGUGCCGCCCUGUUGUUGGGUGGACGUGGCGGUUUCUCUUGCUAUGUAGACAUGGAAACAAACGGCUCGGUAACCAAACGUUAUGGCCAGGGUGGCUUUGGUGGAGGCGGCGGUGGCUGUGAUACCGGAGGUGGUGGUGGAGGAUUUGCCGGUGGUGAUGUUUAUCUCAACGAAUCGAAUGGUGAGGGAGGCUCUUCGUAUAUCAGUGCCUCCAGGACCCUCAAGGAGCUUAGUUCGAUUUACGAGGGUGCCAAUUUCGGGGCUGGUUCGAUUAUCAUCAUACCCGCCAUUGAGGGAUGUGGUUGUGAUUAUCGUUGCUUGGCCCUGGAUGAAUAUCGCUCUUCGGUAAAAUGUAUCUGCCCCGAGGGUUGGAGAAUACGCAAAGACAAUACUUCGGCAUGUGAUAUGCCUGCAACCGAUACCAUCCCCCUGAAAUAUUUGAUAUCCUUCUUUACGGUUUUGAUGCUGUUGUUAAUAGCAUCCCUGGCCGCUUUGGUUGUAAUGCUGUACAAUCGCUAUCAACGCAAAAAACUGGCCAAGGAACGCCACAAAAUGUUAAGGGAACAGGACAUGCAAUUGACCCGCCUGCGCCACAACAUCGAUGAGAACAAUCUCAACAACUUCAAUCCCAACUAUGGUUGCGAUGAUCUCAUCAAUGGCCAAAUAAAUGUGAACAGUCUACCUCAGGUGGCCCGUGAAAGCUUGAGAUUGGUUAAGGCCCUGGGCCAGGGAGCAUUCGGUGAGGUCUAUCAAGGCCUGUAUCGUCAUCGUGAUGGCGAUGCCGUGGAAAUGCCAGUGGCCGUCAAGACCCUACCCGAAAUGUCCACACGCCAGGCGGAGGAGGACUUUUUAAUGGAGGCUGCCAUUAUGGCGAAAUUCAAUCAUCCCAACAUGGUCCAUCUGAUAGGUGUUUGCUUUGAUCGCCAUCCACGUUUCAUUGUUUUGGAGCUGCUGGCUGGUGGAGAUUUGAAAAACUUUUUACGCGAGGGACGCCACAAACCGGAAAGACCCUCUCCCUUGACCAUGAAAGAUUUGGUAUUUUGCGCCCUGGAUGUGGCCAAGGGUUGCCGUUACAUGGAAAGUCAACGUUUCAUACAUCGCGAUAUAGCGGCCCGUAAUUGUUUGCUGAGCAGUAAAGGUCCCGGUCGGGUAGUGAAAAUUGCCGAUUUCGGUAUGGCCAGAGAUAUUUAUCGCAGCGAUUAUUAUCGCAAGGGUGGCAAGGCUAUGCUGCCCAUCAAAUGGAUGCCACCCGAGGCAUUUUUGGAUGGUAUUUUUACGUCCAAAACGGAUGUUUGGUCGUUUGGAGUUUUAUUGUGGGAGGUCUUUAGCUUGGGCCUAAUGCCCUAUACCGGCCUCCCAAAUCCUGAGGUAAUGCAAUUGGUUACCAACGGUGGCCGUUUGGGCACACCACCCGGUUGUCCACCGGUCAUUUAUAAAAUCAUGGCCGAUUGCUGGAAUCCCACACCAGAAGAUCGUCCAACAUUUUCUAGUCUCCUGGAGCGCCUCAAGGCCGUAACAGAGGAUCCCACUGUUAUGAACGCUCCAUUGCCCCACAUUUUACGCCCGCCCUCUAAUGAACGCGAUCAAACCAUUAUACGGCCGCAGGGUGUCGAUGACGUUUGCCUGCAGGUACCAACCACAUCCGAUUACUUGAUACCCCUGCCGGGUAUCACACAUCUACAUCAACAGCAACAACAGUUGCAACAAGCCACUCAGCAACAACAACACGACAUGAUCGAUCCUAGCUGCCCCAUGGCUAUAUCGACUGGAACCAAUAUCUGUACACCGCCCGGCGUGUCAUCACCCUCGGCACCACAGCACACGCAGCUGCUGAAAGAGGACGAGCACACCAAUGCCACCAACGAGGGAUGCUGGGAGACAUCAUUCAUUUUACCCAACUCGAAGAGUGAUCAGCCACUGCUCAACAACAACAAUUCGAGUGGAUCGCAGAAAAGCAUCAACACCGCUUCCAUUGGGGCCCAAGGCCCGGGCAAUACGAGCGGUUACAGCAGCAGUAGUCAGCGAUCGCCCGUCUCGAAUGGCCUAAGGACAAUACAAUCUUCUUCAGCAACGCCGGCCCACGAGGAUGAGGAGACGAAACUCAUCAGCUUAGAUACGCCACAGCCAACACCAACCACAAUACAACCGCCAUUGUCAUUUUCAUCACAGCUGGAUGGUAUAACUCUAGAUCCGGCCGCUUUAACAAAGAGUCUGAACACAAACGUAACAGUUCCAAAUGCCGCGGCAGUAGCAGCAUCAGCGCAAGCAGCAACAACAAAUACUAAUCUAAAUAACAAACACUCGUCGUAUGCCAAUAUCCAAAUGAUGUCCUCAUCCGUGAACAAUCUGAAGGGUAAUUGCAGCGAUACUCCCUCCGAGAAGCUAAAUGGAAGCCUGCUGCACAACGGCAGCAAUGGCCUCACGAAAAUGAAUGGCAAUUUGGCCACAAAUGGUAACACAAAUGCCCCACCCUUUACCAUACAGGGUUAUGCGGAACGUUAUAAGGACAAACAUUCAGAGAUCAGCUGUUAAGUGAAACACAGCUGAUUUCUGGGAGGUUGUUUUUUUUCCAAGACAGAGAGAGAGCAUAAAAAUCACACACAACGAGAGAAAAUGAGAUUGAAUGUGCAUGAAAUGGGAAAGGAGUGAGGCAUUUUUGUUAUGCAUAGCAAAUGAAAGAGAGAUGGCUCUCAAAAGAGUUUCAUUUGAUUUCAAUGGAUCUCUGGCUAGGAGAGUUAGCUAAAAGCUCAUUGCAAAGUAGAUGAAACACUGAAAUUAUUAGAGAAAGAGUUCAAAUAGUGAAAAAAACGGGAGAGAUAUUAAAGCUUUAAAAGCAUUACUCUCACAAACACACACACACACAUUUAUCAUAUAUAUUGAAUUUUUUUAAAAACAAUAAAAAAUACAACAUAGAAAUAUUUAUUUAUUAUACAACAAAAAUAAGAAAACACACACAUACACAUAUUUUUUUUAAUUUUAAGUUAUUUAUUUAUUUUUAAGUUUGAUCAUUUUGGUUUGGCAUACAGGGUGUGAUGGUUGUAUUGAUACUAAUAAUUUACAUAAUAGAGCAAACCCACAUUAAAAAAAAAGAGAAAAGAAAAUAGUAAUAAUAAUAAUAAAAACAAAAACAAAAAUGAGGAAAAUUACAAACGAAAUAAUUUAUAAUUUAUAAAAUAACUUAUAAAUUACAUUAUAUAUAAAUUGCAUAAUUAUACGAAGGAAAGAAAA